AUGUCACUUUCCGAUAUGUCUGUACCCGGACUGCAAGGUUCCGGCGACGUCAGCAAGAGCAAACCUGGCCCUGCGUUACGGAAAAGCUGUCAUUUCUGUCGGUCGAGGAAAAUCCGGUGUUCAGGUCAAAGCAUUUGCAGUGCGUGUCGAGAACGUAACAUAGAGUGUUCAUAUAGAGUUGGCGGGCCAAAAGGACGUCCACGAGGCCCAUCACGUACCGCAACAGAGGAGACUUCGGGUCUAAAAUCAAGUACUUUAACGCCAAAUAUCGAAUCAACGCAAUGGAGAGGGGGAUCGCCACCCAAGAACUCGGCGUACUUCGACAACACGGACGGCCACCAAACAUCUGACCGGACAGUUGCCAAUAACCUUCAGUCCAUGUUCAAUCGUUUAUUGGGUGACCGUAGUGAAGGAACUGUGCACCAUUCAAACAUCGUUGUUGAUGCAUAUGGAAAGCAAGUACCACGAGGGGUAAAGUCAACAAAGUAUGGGGGUUCUCCACAGAAUUCCAAUUCAACACCUGUUGGGAAGCCAAUUUCAUAUGAGGGCCUUUUCUUCAUACUUGCCCAAGAAUUGAUCGAGAUGUUGGCUUUGCGGUUUUCUGAUUUGGGUUGUCACCAGCUUGAAGCCGGUAGAUCGCGGUAUUUCCAAAAAUCCUUCAUGGCUGAUACUGUGGAAACAAUGUUCGACAGAGUAGAUUCAUUCCAUUCGCCUCGUGCAGAAAGCUCAAAUAGCCCCAACGGAUUUAGCCAGUCUCUUCCAACAUCAACCCCACUGCAAGAAUAUAACGCUCAUCUGACAAUUCAAAUGCUUGAGAUAUGGUUUUCACAACAUCCUUUAUCCUUUAUAUUCCCGAAGACACUUCUCUUACGAGAUAUUCGACACGACACACACGACGAGAUACUGCUCGCAGCCAUCCUCGCCGAUGUUCAAUAUGCUCAGGACAAUGAAGAAAGCAGGAUCAAGGGGACGAAGUUGUUCAAGUGGGCGGCUGCAAAGUUACAAGAGAUACCGCAGUGUAACAUCAAACUCUCUACCAUUCAAGCUGUCGUCCUUCUCGGGUGGCGGUCUUUAUGCAGCGGAUCUGCCCGAAGAGCGAUGUGCUACUUCGUAUGGGCGGGAUAUGCAAUCCACUCAUUGCCGACACCGGUCCUUCUUCAGAACACUAUCAACGGUAUCGACGUUGGAGAGAUUGAAAGGGAAUCACUUUGCAAUGCACAUUGGCUGAUAUUUUCCGUCAAUCUUUGGGCAAUGAUGCAGAUGGAUUCCCCGGGGUGCGAGAUGCCACCUUCUAGUGCUCCUUCAUCCUUCCCACCAGUUGAUGAAUCAGCGUCGGCAAGCUUCAAACUCGACAGGACGUCGUAUAACUUCUCGACGCUGCAAAAUCAGGAGCGGAUGUUUCGCGAGCUGUGGUUACUUAGUCACGUUGCAGCUACAACCUCCCACAUUUACGCAUUAUACCCGAGAUCGCUCCCACAACAAAAUUCAAACGAUCAGGGCUCAGCAUGCUGGCAAUCACAUACGUUGGAUCAAUUGCGCCGACUUUCAAGUCCGACACAAGAUAUAUCAAUGCUCUGUACACGCGUUAGACGGGUCCUCCUGGAUUCGGUUCAAUUGGUCGAAACGCAUGUUCAACAUAGCCACUCACAGGCACUAGCAUUGUCAGCGUCACAUACGAUGAUCAUCCACUUCUUGGUGCCCUCUCCAUCGUCGAACGGAAAUUCAUAUGCUGGCAGCAUGAGUCGAGUAUUCGCAGCUGGUGGGAUUGAUCAGCUGAUCGUCGACUUCUGUCACUCAGCCACUUCUUUAUUGAAAGUGUUCUCCGUAUUGGAAAACUCCACCUCCGAUAGCAGGUCAGACAGAAUUGUCAUGUCACAACGACCAUCCAGCAUUUACGACAUCUUUGCUCUCGCUUUGGAUGCCUGUGGACGGGGUAUGAACUCAAUCUACCUGCUCGGUCAGACAGGUACCGACAUCGAGCGAAAAGCUGUACGUGACCGUACGGUAGAACUUGCUCGUCUCGCUACCGAGCUGCACGCCUUCAGCAAGGACUUGAACCUGGUCAGCACAAGCCGUCUGAAGCUGGUUAAAAAGCAGCUCAAAAAUGCAAUGGCUCAGUUUACGAGCUUACAGCUGGAUAUGCCGAUAUCUUCUUCCUAUAGCUCCACCGGGCCGUCAUCGUCUUGCGGGUCAAUUGGCAUACCCGAUUCCGCCAUCACCGCUGGCUUUGAUGGAGACUUUUUCGGCCUUGACCAUCUAAGUAAUGCAUCUCCCGCAGGCAUGGGAGGUGGAUUCUAUGGUUAUGGACUUCCAGUCUUGACCGAUGAAGCUUAUAGUGCUGACGGUGGACUGGGAUACUAUCUUGAUGCCCAUGCAGACGGGAUGAAUUUCAGCACGCAACUAAUGCCUGACUCUGGCAAUAUUAAUUAUCGUACCGAUACGUUGAUGGACUGA